AUGGCCGCUGAAGCUUCAAGUUUCAAACUGUAUAGAUAUGAUCCUUCUAUUGGUGCGGCUGUUGUCUUUGUUCUUCUCUUCCUUGUUGGUUCCUGCAUCCAUACGUACCAGGUUGCGCGGACUAAAACAUGGUUCUUUGUUCCAUUCAUCCUUGGUGGAUAUUUUGAAUGGAUCGGCUACAUUGGACGAGCCAUAUCGGGGACACAAAGUCCGAAUUGGACCGUCCAACCCUAUAUUCAGCAAACCCUCCUGCUUCUGAUUGCUCCUACCCUAUUUGCCGCCAGCAUCUACAUGGAAUUGGGCCGGAUAGUCCUACUGACGAAUGGGGACAUACAUUGCUGGAUCAGGCGACGGUGGUUGACCAAGAUUUUCCUCUUGGGCGAUAUCAUCUCUUUUAUCAUGCAAGGGGCCGGCGGCGGAAUCAUGGCAAGUGGUAGUGCCAGCGCGCUCUCCACCGGCGAGCACAUAAUUAUCGGAGGAUUAGUCGUACAGCUGAUAUGGUUUUCUCUGUUUCUCGGGACUACCAUCAAGUUCCACAUUGGGGUUCAAAACGGUCCGACUCGGAAAGUCGUCAAUUCGCAGCCGCCGUGGGAGAGGCACAUAUACGCAAUGUAUAGUGGCAGCCUUCUCAUCUUCCCAUACAUGUAUAUUUUCGACGGCGUGCUAAUGCUUCUGAACAUGGGCGUGUUUGCAUGGAUUCACCCGAGUGAAAUAAACGCUUUGCUCAAACCAGGCAACAAGGCAAUAAGGCGCGUCUACCUUGUCUACUCUGUGGGGAGUAGGUUACCAGGUUGA